CUGGAUAAGCACCACAUUUAAAGCUAAUACAAACUCUCUCUCCUCUUUUUUUUUUUUUUUUUUUUUCAGAAUCUCCGGCCUUCGCCUUUCUUCUGGUUAGGGAGGUUCUGGAGAUGAAGAAUGCCGAGGAUGACGGGCAAGAUGAACAAGUGAUUAUGAGCACGGAUGAGAGUGAUGGUACUGAUGAUGGUGACGAUGACGUGGAGGGUGUCGAAGAGGUUGGUGGUGAUGAUGAUGACGCGUCGAGUCCCCAUUCGCCGGAAGAUGAUGAGGCUGAUGGUGGCGAUGAGGUGGAACAAGAAGAUCUGCGGCCGAGGAUGAGUUCAGGGAAGGAAUUUGGGCUGCCUGCUGGCUGGCAGGUCGAGGAAAGGCCUAGGCUUAGCGGAAAGCUCAAAGGCAGAUUCGAUAAGUAUUACUAUGAGCCAGAGACAAACAAAAGGUUCCGUUCAAUGAAAGAGGUCAAAGAACACCUCCAGAUAGAUGACCUUCCUCGGCCAUCCAGAAGAAAGAUCAAGAAAAGGGCAGGACGAGAUCAAGUUGAUUCUGCGGCUACUUCUUCGAGCUCAACAAGUGAGAGAGGCCGUGGGAGAAGAGGCAGCCGUGGCCGCAGCAAGGGCUAUGGACCUCUUUCUCAGCCGGUUCUACGGCAAUUUGCUAGGGGAACAACACUUCCAGCUCCUCCUCCUCCUCACCAUCGAGUUGUUUUCGUUGCAAAACGCAACAACGAUGACGAGGAUGAUCAGUAGCAUGAUAUGAUCAGAGCGCAUGACCCGUUCAUGAAACAGGCUUGUCCUCUUAUCAGGGGAGAUUGAACUUGUCUUUCUCUGUUUCUCAUAUAUGACAAUCCUGUUAAAGAGAUGUGCUCAUACAUAGUUUCUGUCCUCUUUAUUGGGUUCGUUUGGUACUUUUAUGCCGAGUAAAAGCUUGUUCGGUCACCAAGAAGUGCAUGGCUAUGUUUUGCAAUUCAAAUGGAACGCUUGGGUGGACUUUUGGGAGAGCUGAUCACCCAGUUUUAAGGCUACUAGCACACAUUUUUGCCGUUGAUCUUAAUGAUGAUUCAACGGCUAAUAUUUCUAAUUAUAUUGCUCAAUAUCAAUUUAUUUUUCAUUUUGAACACAAUUGAUGUGAUAUCGAAUAGAAAGUAUUUCUCGAA